AUGAAGAAUGACUUUGUUUCGCCUUACGAUCGGUUCCCCGCCUCGAGUGUAGGGGACCGACGUCAAACAACCACGGGGUUACAGAUGGUGAGCAUAGUUUGCUGUACAUAUAGCGAAACGGAAGGGGAGGUGGUGGUGGUGGGGGUAACGGUGGUGGAGGUGGAGGCGGAGGAGAACGCGCUUGUGUUGGUGUUACAGCGGACAUCCGACCGAAAACGCCUCGCAAACGGAGUCGGUGAGGCGACAUUACCGCCUCAGACACAAGAGAGGAAGCGAGGCGGCGGUGGCGGCAUUCGCACAAAACCGGACACGGUGAGGAGGACGAGAGAUGGGGAGGAGGGCAGGGGUUAG